AAUCCGAUAGGUCUGACCAAGUUAGAAGUUUACUCACGUACGACAUACUAGGUAGGCGGUUGUUGAGACUCUUCUAUGAGUUUUAUGCCGUAGUCGUUUCAAAUAAUGUGAUUUGGCUCCCGCAAGUUCCUACCCACCUGGUGCCUAUCAAAGAGCUACCUGCCAAGUCGAAAGAUUAAUAAUCUUAAAGACUACCUGAUAUCAAAGUAGUAUCAACGUCAAAAUGGUCAAUGCAUUUCAGCCGGCUAUUCAGCUAGAGGUGGUCGUCAUAGGCGCCGGGAUAAGUGGUCUGGCAGUCGCUAUAGAGACGGCGCUGUCCGGCCAUCAUGUGAUUGUCUUCGAAGCAGCUGAUGGACUCCAUGAGAUAGGGGCUGGGAUAAACAUCAGCCCGAAUGCCUCGCGAAUACUACGACAAUGGGGCCUUCCGGCCGAAUUAUGGGCCUCAGCUACUCACCCCACGUCGCUUUCUGUUCGACGGUACUCAGGAGAGAUAUUAGCUCUGGAAAAAGACUUCGAUGCGAAAAUGCGUGUGAGGUAUGAUGCCCCUUAUAUCGAGUUACAUCGUGUCGAUUUCCAGACAGCACUUUACAUACGUGCCAAGGAACUCGGCGUGGAAUUCAGAUUCGGGGAGAGAGUUAACCAAGUGAACUUCGAGACGGGGAAAAUUACGACCCAUUCUGGAUUGAACGCAAAAGGCGAUAUUGUUGUCGCAGCUGACGGCCUGUGGUCUGUUUGCCGCGCCCAGUUUCUUCCCAAAGACUUCGAGGGAGUUCCGAGACCAACGGGCGAUUUGGCAUACCGGCUGGUCUUGACACUGGAUCAAAUCCAAGAUCUCGAAUUAAGAGAAUGGAUAAGCAAGCCGUCACUUGAUAUAUGGUUAGGGCCUCAUUCGCAUGCUGUUGGAUACUCACUCCGAGGAGGUACGGAGUUUAACAUCGUGUUAUUGGUCCCUGAUGACCUGCCAGCGGGCAUUAGCAGGCAGGUCGGAUCCGUCGAGGAGAUGAGAGCUCAUUUUACGAACUGGGAUCCGAUUUUGACCAAGUUCAUUGCUGUCGCCGAUUCUGUGAAGAAGUGGAAACUUAUGCAUCGAAAGGAAAUGCGAAGAUGGGUAUAUUCCUCUUCAAAUAGCAAUUUUGCGUUUCUUGGAGAUUCCUGCCACCCCAUGCUACCAUACCUUGGACAGGGGGCCACCUCGGCUAUCGAAGAUGGCGCCGUCCUUGGUCGCCUGCUAGGACAUAUCCAGACUAAGGAGCAGAUAGGAAAGGCCUUGGAAAUGUACGAGCAGCUUCGGAAGCACCGAGGAGAUGCCAUCGUGAAAGAAACCAUCGUACAGCGUGACGUCUUCCAAAUUGUUGAUGGCCCUAAGCAACGGGAACGAGACGAAUUACUCCUAUCGCAGCUAAACGAAGAAACCAAACAUGCGCCCUUUCCAAUUCGGUUGCUUUGCCCUCAGUUUCAACCCUGGUUAUUCGGCUAUGACGCUUGCGCAGAAGUCGAUAAGGCUGUCAGUAAGGAUUCAUUCGUGGUCGUCAAGGAUGUGAAGACGGAGCCAAGUCCUGAUAAAAGCGACAUAGGUAGUCAUCGGCAGUUGAAUGGCUGAGAGGUACGUCUCUGGGAUUUUGGGAUACGAGUUUAUUCAAAAAAUGGAGUAUCUAGGCUAUGAUCUGAGAACAAGAAUGUACGAGGUUUGAUUACCUAUCGUUCAUCAGCAAAGCAUACAAUCAGUUUGGACGCAUAUGGCAAUAAAAUUGAGAUACCUUGUCAAAUCAACUGUAAAU